AUGCAGGACUUUUUGCGCGUGAGCCUGGGACAGGCAGCGGUCGAGGCGAUCAAAAUUUUAUGUUGUCUAUAAUAUCAGUUGUUUCGAGUGCGACUGACAGGAGAUGUACAACUAGUGGCCAACAAGCAUCUUCGAUGUCAUUCCGGAAGGUGACCUCGUAGUUGUGUCUACGUACGAAGUAAAGGCGCAUUCAGAAUCCACUCUGUUUCUCCCUCUGACCUAAUUUGAAUAUCCUAAUUAUGCAAGCACGUAAGUAGCUACCUCUCCUUGUUGCAGUUUCUGCAGCACACUCUAAUCCAAGCGAGAGGCAAUGGACUGCAUGGCGCUAGUUCCUCAGCGUCGCUCGCGUCCAGCGGGUCGAAUAUUUCGACAGGAGAAAAGACUCAAUACAAAGAGUUGUGUUAAGGCUUCGAGAACUUUGUGUAAUUGCUAUUGCACAAAACAUAAAGAUAAACUAUUUACAGUGCCCUCCCCCCGUUCUUCUUGUGCUCCUACUUAGAUGUCUACUCUAGGAACGCUAUGCGACAACCGCAUGUGGUCGUCAUUUUUAUCACAUGGCUCUCAGUUGCAUUUCUGGUCUUGAUCUCCGAUUCCUCCUCAUCUUCUAAUUUAGCAAGGUCUUGGACGCCACUGCUGAAGUGAUAUCUGACCUCGAUCCGGAGACCAGGACUGCGAUCAUGGGCACUGCUUUCAC